AUGUUUUCACAGUUGACUGCACGGCUACCUCAGAUAUACGCGUCGUUCCUGGCAAUAAUUUCUGUGUUUGCGAAGUCAGGAGUAGCAACAAUAGCAAUCCGACACCUUGACUUCGUCUUACUCUCGGUAUGGGGGGUAUAUGUCUAUCGAGAUGUUUGGCCUCUCGCUACCUUCGCCCUCAGCCCACUCGAUGCGGCGGAAGGCGUCAUAUUGUGGGUUCAACUCGCCGACCUCACCUUUGCUGCAGUCUUCGUCCCACUGUCAAUUCCACGGCGCUAUACACCUGUUGAUCCUAAGCAUCCUUCUUCAGAACCUCAUCCCGAGCAAACCGCAUCCGUACUAUCGAGGAUGAUAUUUACGUGGCUGGAUAAAACGGUGUUGAAAGCCUACCGCGCACCUCACCUCCCCAUCGAAGAACUACCGCCGCUAGCAGACUACGAUCAGGCGCACAACCUCGUACAAAGGUCGUUCAAAGAACUCGAUCCUUUCCAAGUUACGAAGGGUCGGCAUGUCGCUUGGGGCUUAGCGAAGACUUUUCGCCGCGACCUAUCGAUUAUGGCGCUUAUGCAGUUCCUUUUCGUGGUCGCACGUUUUUCUGACCCUAUCGGCAUAAGAAAUUUGCUCUGGUAUGUGUACAUGGAGACUGGAGGAGAGGGCGCUGUGGUGAAGCCAUGGGUUUGGAUCUCGUGGCUAUUCUUGGGGCCCGCGGCUCGCGUUACCAUCUUGUCAUAUUAUUUCUUCCUAUCCGAACAUAUACUGGUCCGCAUCGAGGCGAUUCUGACUCAGCUGGUGUUCGAUCACGCUCUGCGUAUGCGGAUAAUGGCCGAUGUCCCGGAAACAUCGACUUCCACGGGAAGUACAACUGUCGCGAGUACUCCCGAUACGGCGUCCCUUGCAGAAUCGGGCAGCACACGUACACACACCAAUGCUGCCAACAGCGAGGAUGAUGUCACCUUGAGCGGCACCAACACGGCUGCUGGCGAGACGACUACGACGCAGGGCAAGGACAAGUCGAAGGUUUCCGUCCAGCAGAGCCAGAAGGAUUCCAGUGGUCCCAGUGCAUCGAGCGAGGAUACACAAACCGAGGGAUCGAACGUGACCGGGAAGGUCAAUAACUUGAUCACCACAGACCUGGACGCGAUUGCGGGGGCUCGCGAUAUCUUCCAGUUUGGAAAAAUUCGAGGAGUUCACGCUGAGAAGAUGAAUAAGACAGACGUACGCGUACAGGCUGUCACUGAAGGUAGCUGUCUGGCUGUUCAUCCCGGGGACGGUGUACUGAAUCACCAUGAUACCGUAGCCAUGAACGCUAUCCGCAUGAUCAAGCUUUUUGGUUGGGAACCGCGCCUGUCGAAACAGCUGGGUGCAAAGCGCGAAGACGAGCUGACUUGGAUCAAGACUUCUAAGCUAUUGGAACUGGCUAACAAUAACCUCAAUCACAUCAUUCCUCCAAUCACCAUGGUCAUUACGUACCUAAUAUAUACUUUGAUCAUGAAGGAACAGCUCACUGUCUUUGAGAUGGUCAGCGGACUGUUGCACAUGACGUUCGGCGGGAUCCCCAGGCUCAUGCGCGGUAUGUUCAUUGCACGGACGACCGAGCUUUUAGACGAAUUCUCUGAGAAACAGACUACUCACGCAUUAGGCCUUGGAACACCCCCACCUCUGAUUUCGAGCGAUACUAUAGGUUUCCGUAAUGCUUCAUUUACUUGGACCAAGGCGCCUCCUUCGACUCCUGGGUCGUCUAAGCGUAAUUUUACGCUUUGCACUGAUGGCGAUCUCACGUUUGAGAGUGGUCACAUCAAUCUCAUUGUCGGCCCAACGGGUUCUGGGAAAACAUCGCUGCUCAUGGCUCUGCUGGGAGAGAUGCAUUACAUUCCCGCCGGACCUGACUCUUUUGUGACACUGCCGCGUUCCGGAGGAGUUGCGUAUGCGGCUCAAGAAUCAUGGGUGCUAAACGAUACAAUUCGGAAUAAUAUACUAUUCGGUGCGACGUUCGACCGAGAACGUUACGAUAAAGUGAUCAAUCAAUGCGGUCUCACGAGAGAUCUUAACUUAUUCGAUGCCGGGGAUCAUACUGAAAUUUUGGCUGCUCUGGACGUACACACAGCAAAAUGGAUCAUCGAGAAGUGUCUGCAAGGGGACCUAGUCCGCGGUCGGACAGUGCUCUUAGUUGUAAGCGAUCAAGAAAUUGUCCAUAACGCUGUUUCGUCAACAAACUAUCGCAGACGCACAACUUCAUCCGCAGCACAAACAGGCUUCACGCUCAAUAUGGCAGGUACGCACGCUCAGACGAGUCUCGAACGCAUACAACAAUAUCUCGAGAUUGAACAGGAGCCAAAGUCAACCGAGAGCGGUAUACCUCCUGCGUACUGGCCAUCAAGCGGUAAUUUGAGGGUUGAAAAACUCUCCGCUCGCUAUUCAGAAGAUGGUCCUCGAGUACUUCACGAGAUCUCGUUCGAACUCAAAUCUGGAGAGCGUGUGGGCGUUGUGGGUCGUACGGGGAGUGGAAAGAGCACCUUGACCCUUGCCUUGCUGCGGUGCGUCAUCACAGAAGGCCAGGUGUACUACGACGGUCUGUCCACGGAGAAGAUAAACCUCGAUGCCCUUCGAUCGCACAUCACGAUCAUACCUCAAGUGGUCAAUUUCUUCCAUUUCUAUGGCCGUAUGCUCUCUCAUAGCCACUGUUUACAGCCCGAACUACUCAGCGGAACUUUGCGACAGAAUCUUGACCCAUUCGAAGAGUUUGACGACGCAGCAUUGAACGAUGCACUUCGCUCCGCGGGCUUGUUCUCACUUCAGAAAGACAUGGAUAAAGGCCAAAUCACUCUAGACACGCAGGUCGCCAGUGGAGGUAACAACCUCUCGUUUGGCCAAAAACAAAUCUUGGCGUUGGCUCGGGCGAUCGUACGGCAGAGCAAGCUUUUGAUCCUGGACGAAGCUACAUCCGCCAUAGAUUAUGAGACCGAUACCGUCAUACAGGCGUCUCUGCGAAAAGAGCUUGCCAAAGGUACCACUGUUCUGACAGUCGCACAUCGUCUUCAGACAAUCAUGGAUGCGGACAAGAUAAUGGUCCUCGAUGCUGGACACAUUGUCGAGUUCGGUAAACCUAGUGAACUUCUACGGAUCCAAAACGGACUACUCCGGGCAUUGGUGGACGAGAGUGGAGAUCAGGAGAAUUUGAUCUCGAUGGCUGCGGGUGCCGGUAUGUCGAUGUAA